AUGCAUUGCAUACAGGAAGGACAUACCCAUGCUCAUGGGUUUUCACCAUACUGUGAGCUUUACGUCAGCCUACUUCUGAAAGAUGCUGAGUAUGCAGCUUGUCAUGGGAUCGAAGCUGUUGUUGAACAGCGAACUCAAGCGAAUUUGGCAUGCUUAUUCACAGGCGCAUGCGAAUGUGAAAGUCAUGUCAAGAUCCCUUCUGCUGAAGAUAACAAAGAAAACAAGAAGAAAAAGGAGACAAAAGAAGCAAUUCCCUCAAGUAAAUCGGUCGAAAAGGAGACACCGAAGACCGAAAAAGAUGAUGAACAGAACAGUGGCGCUCCUCCAGGACGUGAUCAACUUCGUGCAAGAAACACGGUAUCAGAAGAGAAAGGAAAGAAAUCACGGUAUCCAACGAGAAACCAUUCUGGAGCUACUACUGAUGCUAACUCUAAGGCAGAUAUGUCAGGAGAGGCCGAUGAGCUACGCAAUGGUUCGUUUGCUAAACCAAAGAAUGGCAUCAAUUGCCUCACAAGAAACACGGUAUCAGAAGAGAAAGGAAAGAAAUCACGGUAUCCAACGAGAAACCAUUCUGAAGCUACUACUGAUACUAACUCUAAGGCAGAUACGUCAGGAAAGGCCGAUGAGCUACGCAAUGGUUCGUUUGCUAGAGCAAAGGCUGGAGGAGCAUCUGAGUGCACCCAGGACAACUCAGAAAUGGUAAGUUAA